AUGGCAGACAAGGGAAACUUGUGGGAAGAUCUGCGGCGUCAAGCACGACAGCUGGAAAAUGAAAUUGAUCUCAAACUGGUAUCCUUUAGCAAGCUGGGCACCACAUACUCUUCACACAGAAACUAUGAGAGUGACUCUGCCCCCUUGCUGGACAAGACCAACAGUGAACACAUGUUUGAUACCAUGGCUAUGGAAAUAUCACAGCUGUUAUCUAAGCUGACGGAGGUCAAUGACAGAAUGGUGGAGUACACUCAGAACAUCUCCAACUCCUCACCAAGUGCUGCCUUACUGCACACCUUGCAGAGACACCGGGACAUCCUGCAGGACUACUCCCACGAGUUCCAGAAGAUUACAGCAAACAUUGCUUCUCUUAGGGAACGGGAAGAUCUCUUGGGUUCUGUGAGGAGAGACAUCAACUCUUACAAAAACUCUGGAUUAAACAGGCGGUCUGAUUUAUACCUGAAAGAAAAUGAGCACAUACGGAACUCAGAAAGAUUGGUCGAUGAGCAAAUAAACAUUGCCAUAGCAACCAAAGAGAACCUGCAGUCCCAGGGCAGACUACUGACAUCAAUCACACAUAAAAUUAAUACUUACACCAAUCGGUUUCCAGUCAUCAACAGCCUUGUACAGAGAAUCCAUUUCCGCAGGAGGAGAGACUCAAUUAUCGUAGCCCUCGUCAUUGCUGUUUGCAUCAUCCUUCUAAUACUGUAUGCUUUCCACUGA